UCGUUUUCGUACAGGUUCACAUUCUUUAUUGAUCUAUGAAAUUAUGGAAACUUUUUCGAUCAGAAUCACUAAUUAUAAGAUGCAUGAUCGUAUUGACUUUGAUAAAAUUAUAGAAAUUAAUAGUGGUUCAGAGGUGAUUUAUAAGUCUGAGUGUAAAUGUUGCAAAAUCACGAAAGCCCUUAAGCGUUUAAGGGAUGGUACACAAAAUCAAAUUUCAACAGCGAGGUAA